CCUGGAGGGCACGCACGCCAGGGACUCGGCGGUGUCGGCUCGCGGCCGGCUUCAGACAAACGAAGUCCUAGUUGUGCGGGAACCGGUACCUUUGAACGCACAGGCUGCACCUUGUUUUGCGAACUCUGUGGGCGUGUAGGGACAGGGCAAUGGACUGGGUGAUGUCUCCCAGUUCAUGGUGGUCGUCUCAGUUACGUAGCAGCCGGCUGCACAAAGGCCCCCUGCCGGGGCAGACCUCCUGAGCAGCCUGUGGUCGGAAAGCCUGGGCCUUUGCUCAUGGAGCUUGGGCUGAGCGCAGGUGCCGGGCUGCCGGCCGCUGGUUCCCUUGAACGCAUCGCCCCUUGGUCUGACAUCCCCCGCCAAACAGGAGAGGCCUGAUUCGGUUUAUUUCACAGGACACUUACACGUGGGUCUCACUGUCCUUCUACUUUGCAGUUAACAAGUUUACAAUCCUGGCUAAGCCAGAAGAGCCAACGCGGGAUCUUGCCGACCGAGCACCCGGGUUUCCCGUCGAGAAGGCUGCCCAAACUCUGCGAGGCCUGAGCCUCCCGGCUCUGCGUGCCCGACUCUCGGCGUGGACGUGUUCUCGCGCUUUCUGGCGUGGGGGUCAGAGGGCGCGCUGCCGCGCAGGCGCACGGAGCCGAGGCUGUGGCGGCCAUGGGGGAGCAAAUGGCAACUAAAGAAGAAUUUGUUAAAGUCAGAAAGAAGGACCUGGAACGACUGACAACUGAAGUGAUGCAAAUACGGGACCUCUUACCCAGAAUACUAAACGGGGAAGUGCUGGAAAGCUUCCAGAAAUUAAAGAUUGUAGAAAGAAAUCUGGAAAGGAAAGAGCAAGAGUUAGAGCAACUGAGAAUGGAUUGUGAGCACUUCAAAGCCCGCCUGGAGUCUGUGCAAGAGGACAGCGUGAGAGAGAAGAAGGAGAAACUGGCUCUUCGACAGCAGCUGAAUGAAGCAAAGCAGCAGCUCCUGCAGCAGGCAGAGUACUGUACAGAAAUGGGUGCAGCAGCCUGUACCAUUUUGUGGGAUGUCUCCAGCAGUGAGGAAGUGGUCAAAGCCAUUCUGGGAGGAGAUAAAGCUUUGAAGUUUUUCAACAUCACUGGUCAAACAAUGGAGAGUUUUGUGAAGUCACUGGAUGGGGAUGUCAAGGAGCUGGAUUCUGCUGAAAAUCAGUUUGUUUUUGCUUUGGCUGGAAUCGUAACAAAUGUAGCUGCCAUAGCAAGUGGUCGUGAAUUCCUGGUUAACUCAAGUCGGGUGCUCUUGGACACCAUACUGCAGCUUCUGGGAGACUUGAAGCCGGGACAGUGCACCAAACUCAAAGUGUUAAUGCUGAUGUCCCUGUACAACGUGAGCAUCAAUUUGAAAGGCUUGAAGUACAUUAGUGAGAGUCCAGGAUUCAUCCCUUUGUUGUGGUGGCUUCUGAGCGAUCCAGACACAGAGGUGUGUCUUCAUGUGCUGCGCCUUGUCCAGUCUGUGGUUCUGGAGCCAGAAGUCUUCUCCAGGACGGCCUCGGAGUUCCAGAGUUCCCUGCCCCUGCAGCGCAUCCUGGCCAUGGCCAAGAGCCGCAACCCUCACCUGCAGGCCGUGGCCCACGAGCUCCUGGAGGACCUGCGCACUCGGGAGCAUGAUGCGUAGGGGUGCUCAGCACCACGUCUUCUCCCUGGGUCCCCACUUUGUCUUCUAAAGCCACCAACCGUGUGCCAUGUGUUACAGACAACAAAUGUGAUGCCUAGAGAUGGCUGUGUACUGAGAUGUGCCCAUCCGACUUGCUUCUGGAGGUGAACGUGCUUUUGUGGGUGGCUGGUUAACCUUGCCAGAGGUGAGGCUGAGAAAGGGUCCAUUCCUCCGUGAAGACCCAUGUCAGCUGCAUCCGGAAGAGGGCCUUCUCAGAGCGGCUCCUGCUGCCCAGGAGACCCUGAGACCUGUCGGUUCCCCCCUAAAAGCGGAAGGUUGAAUAACCGCCUACCCUGUUGGUCAGCGUUUUCCUGAGAUACCUUUCUUGAAAAACAGUUAGUUCAUUCGCUCUCUAAUAAUUAUAAUUAAUUCCUCCCCCCCGCCAGUUCAAGUUUACCUUUAAAUCUUUUGGUGAACCUGCUAUUUCAGAUGAUAUUGGACAUUUUAGUUCUAUAUUUUUGUGCCUCUUUUAUUUUUGAGUAAAGAAAGAAGAAUCAUUGGUGUGCUACAACUGUUGUUUUCUCAAAUAUUAUAAACUUGAUGUUAGGAAGGUAUAUAUUACAAUGCAUACGCGUGGUUGGUGGAAAAAUCUCUCCUUACGUUGUUCUGGGUCCUUUGGCUAUAAGCUCAGGAGUCCAGUUUUUCAUAUAACAGUAUCAU